CAAGCCGCGCUCUUUUGCCUCCCGCCGCGACCCGUAGUUUUUGCAACUGGCUUCCCAGGUUGGAGCGUUUGCUGAGUUUUUUUCCGCUGGGAAAAUGUCUUUGCAGGAGCCGCCGGUGACGGUCAGCGACGUGCAGGAGCUGCUGAAAAAGAAGGACGAAAUUGAGGCCCAGAUCAAGGCCUAUUAUGAAGUCCUGCAGGAUCAAAAAGGAGUUGGGAUGAACGAACCGCUUGUGGACGCCGACGGCUACCCUCGGGCAGACGUGGACAUCUACCAAGUCCGGACUGCGAGGCACAACAUCAUCUGUCUGCAGAACGAUCACAAAGCCCUGAUGCAACAGGUGGAACAGGGUCUGCAUCAGCUGCACGCCCGGGAGAAGGAGAAGCGUGACCGGGACGAAGCUGAGGCUCGUGCCGAAGCUCAAAGCCAGGCCUUGCCUGAGCCCUUCGCCCGAGUGAACGCCGUCAGCCCCGGAUCCCCAGCUAGCUUCUCGGGUCUGCAAGAGGGCGACGAGAUCGCCGAGUUUGGCUCGGUGAACAGCCAAAAUUUCCAUUCGUUGCAGAACAUCGCCACUGUGGUCCAGCACAGCGAGGAUAAACCCUUACGUGUGACUGUGAUCCGAAGAGGGGAAAAGAUCAAUCUGGGGCUCACCCCAAAGCGCUGGAGUGGGAAAGGACUUUUGGGUUGCAAUAUUGUCCCUUUGCAGAGAUGACUUCUGGUGCUGAAUCGUUUGGUGACGUGUCAUUUUGAUGUUAAGCAUCUUCCUGAACAAGCUGACGUGGCGAAAAUGAAUUUGGAAUUUGGGGUUUUUCCUGAAGAUGCCAUUUGACUUUUGGGUCUCUUCCCCCCCCUCCCCCCCCGAUUCCCAAAGGGUAUUCAGUAUGUUUUAACUUGGGCGUAAGGACAAAAGAGAUAUUCAAUAAAUAAUAUGUGUGGCUGCAUGGCGGGAUUGAGCAAUUUACGGUAGUUUUGUGGCCUUCCCUGUUUGGUUGGAGAACUCGACAAUAAAAGAUUUGUGCAAUU